AUGACUGAAGCUAUCUUUCUCGAGAGACGGACGCGAUCUCAGCUUACUUUGCCAGACAAUAUCAUCCAGAAACUAUCACAACGAUCUCCUCUCAAAGAUGCUAGGACCGCUUUGAGAAACCACACCACCGGAGCCGGGGAAUCAGAGACGCAGAAGCUGGAGGACGAUAGCACAGACGACGAAUUACUCCUGUCACCUGGAAAGAACAAGAUCGAUAUGAAGAGCACGCAGAGAUCCAAACGCUCAGCUUCUCCCCCUCCACAAGAUGAGUACUCGUCACACUCAAGCUCGCCGUCGACCGGACGAGAACUUAAACGAGCCCGGCGGGAUCCUGUUCCCGAGAAUGGGGAGAAGGACCUGGCGAACGCCACGGUUGUUCAACUCACUCUUCAACUCACGACACUUGGUCAUGCACGCUACCACUCAGAGCCGAACAUGCUUAUCAAUCGACGCUCAGCUCGCAAGCGCUCUGCCACAACGAGCAAGAAGCCCAUCUCGACUGUUAGUGAAGGCACACCGCCGCCUCCGAACUUCUCUCCUUCCGUUUCUCCAAAGAAGGGGCGUGCACAAUCGGUUCCUUUAUUUCUUUCUACUCAAGAUAUACCCCGCAUCGACUUCCGCACCAUUCCUCCUUCGCCAAAGCGAAGUCGCUCUCCAUCACGUUCGCCAUCCAAAGACAGAGAACCAAAGCUUCGCAUAACUUCCGGACCAUUUCCUGUCGCUAAACUGUUCACGAUACAAGACGAAGCCCCUGCGGACGUGGACAUGGGAGAGGAUGCAAGUAGCGUUGUGGAAGAACGAGAAAUGCCACUUAUACCAGUUACUGCCUCAGAAGAGCAGUUCGCGGCUGUUGCAGUACAAGACGCUACCAGCGCUCUACCGACCUCAUCUAUGUCGUCUAUUUACCCUCAAGGGCCUGCUGCUGUGCCAGCCACGCCAGCCUCUCAGUCAUUGAACAACCUGAUUCCGAUGUCUCCGUUGACGCCGCUACCGGAGACGCCCUUCCCACCCAAGCAGUUGGCAGACUCAGAGCUAGAAAGUCGACGAGCAGGUACUUCUGGUUGGGAUAUGCCCCCUUUCGAGCCCAUUGCUCCUCUCGCUGCGCCUCAACUUGCCCCACCUGCUGCACCUGCACCCGCCAAAAGUCGUCUCCCUCGACCGUCCGGUGCGCCGCCUGCUGCCAGAGCGUCGCCGAAGCCGAUCAUGGGACCAGCUGCCACUGUAACCGCGAAGAAGCCGGUAAAAAACACCGCAAAUCCACCAGUCGCAAAGACAGUAGCUCCGAAGAGAGAUGCCUUCGCAACUUUGAUGAAAGGUUCCCGCGAGCAGAAAGACAGGACAGAGAAGGAGAAGGAGAAAGGGGUGAAGGCGAAGAAGACGGUCAUCGCUUUUUCCAGCAGCAAGUCUGUCGAUCUAUUUGCGACAAUGUCGAAAGGGAAGGAGAAGGUAGUUGAUGCUGAAGCCCCAAAGGUUCGGAUGAAGGACAAGAUGCGCAAAAAGGAAAAGACGAAGGAACCGAAGACAGUUGCGUAUGUUCCUACAUCGGACGAUGAAGAGCAGGAACAGCAAGAGCGAAUGGAGGCUAUUUCCAUGCCUUUGCCGGUCGAAGAAACCGUUACCGAACCUCCUAAACCGACAUCUGCGAAGAGUCUUGAACCGGUGGAAUCUUCACCGCUCGUCGUUGAAGAUGCUAUCAUGGGGCCUCCUGAGCAUGAGGAGUCUGGACUAACGGUCCCUCACGAUGCCACAAUGAAGGAUGUUGAGGUUGAGGCUCGACAGGAGGACGAGCGGAGUCCAAUCGUUCCUGCCGCGGCUACAACAGAUACUCCUGUGCUAGAGCCUGAAGGCAUGGAAGCCAUUCCAACUCCGGAAGAUGGUGCCAUUGCUCAGGCCGAAGAAACUCGAACUGCCACGGAGCAGAAGGAUGAAGUGACCGAAGAUGAACAGAGGGGCACUGCCAUGGAACAAGUCCCAACGGAACCUCGCCCUCCAUCCAGGUCAGGCCCGAGUAAGCUCCCUGUUGGAAAAAAGAGGCAGCCUAUCUCCGUCGCUCCUGCAAAUCGGGUUACCCGAAGCGUGUCAAGCAAGAAGAAGGAUGAUUCUCAACCAGCACCUGUUGCAGCACCUUCGCCCAAGAAAGCGCCAGCUCCAGCUCCUGUACCCGCCAAACGAACCGCGUCUGGAUUUAUCAAGAAAACUAAGAAACCUGUGGUUGAGCAACCACCUGCAGAGCGGCCUGCAGAAGCACCCACAGAAAUCGAGACAGAACCGCCUGCGGAAGAUGACGACUUGCCAUCGGGCUCGCCAAUGAGGAUGAGCUCCCCGGCCAAGAUGGUUUCUACACCGAACAAGAAUACCACCGACACGACGCCUACGAAGUCGAGGUUUGACAAAAUGCCGACGCCUUCUCCCAGUAAAAUCGCAAGGGCAACAUCGCUGUUCUCGAAACCUGCUCACAUGUCGCGAACUUGGUCAAUGGAUUUCGGCAAUCCUGAUAAAUCGACAUCGUCCUUGUCUACUUUGUCGAAUGCGCUAGAAAAGUUACGCAUGCCUCCUCCUUCAAGACCUAGCACGAGCAUGGGCUUCAACAGAGAUACUCCUGGGGGCGACGAUGAUGAUCUUGAUAAGCCUGGUCGGAGUCAAGAUGAUGUUACCAUUGGACGCAAGUCGUUAGGUGUAGCACGAAGUGACAGCCUGAAGAAACGCGCUACAGUCGGGGCUGGCGCGUUCAAAGCAAUUGGCACGACAGGAAACGCUGUUGCAUCCUCUAGCAAGGCGGGCGGGAAGGGCCUCACGCAGAAGCCGCUCUCGAUGUUCAUGGCGAACAAAGGCCAAUCCAGUACAAGAGGUGGCACUAUUAUGCGUGGAACAGGAAGAACGGGCGCUCGGGGGGGCAAGCCUCUCUUCAGCGUGGGUGGUGGUGUUAGGAGGACCAUCAGCAAGAAGACGAGUCUUCCCAUGGUCGUGGGCAGUCCAGUCAAAGGCGGAGGUGCCGACACGACGAUGCGGGAUUACGAAGAGGAUGAAGAAGAGGACAAGGCUCCGACGAUAGCUCCUUCAGCUUCUGGCGACGAUGGCGAUGUUUUCAUGGCUCCAGCAAAUACGAGCACAGGCACGCUCCUGCUCGAAGAUCUCGAAGUAGAAGUAACGUCUGCGAAAGGCAAGGAGAAGGAGACAGCCUUGUCGCGCUCAAACGCCUCUAGACGUGUGUCGAUGGCCUCGCACGCACUCUCACAAUCUCUCAGUGCUCUACCGCCUCCAGAACCAAGCAAACCUCGAGGCGUGAUGGGCCCGCCUGCCACGCCGAAGGGUGUGCGUAGCACGAGCAGUAGCUACCCCUCGUCGAACAAAGAUAGAGGUAGCUCGUCAUCCCCGUCGAAGGCUGAGGAAUCUGGCACACGUUCGAGUGCUCGACUUGCAAAGGCGGUGCCGAAAGUAGUUGCGCAGAGUAAAGGAUCAGACGGAUCUUCCGGAAAGAAAGCUGCUUCUGCCCCUGAACCUGCACCUAACCCAGCUGCGGAAGCACUGAGGGUCCUGAAGGAUUGCGUGAUCUUCGUCGAUGUGAAGACGGACGAGGGUGAUGAGGCUGGAUCGUUGUUCGUUGAGAUGUUGGAGGGUGUCGGUGCUAAGGUCCUGACGAGAGUCGGACAGACCUGCACACACGUCGUGUACAAGAAUGGCCUCAUGAGCACUGUGACACGCUACAGGCUCCUAAGAGAUCCCAAGCCAUUCGUGGUCGGAAUAGGCUGGGUCGUCGAGUGUGUCGAGCAACGCAAGCAUGUCGACGAAACGAACUUCCUGGUCGACCUAGAAGGGGUCAACGUAGCCGGAAUUCACAAGCGUCGUCGAUCCAUGCUGCCUAAGUUGUUGUCCAACAACCUCCAUAUGCCUAUGGACGACGACAACACGGAGGACGGAGACCAGUCGAUGGAUGGCUCGCAGACAUCAUUUACCAUGGACGAUGGCCUAGCGCCGCUAGAGCGAGCACGCAAGAGGAAGAAUUUGUUGGCGGCAGCAGGCCGUCCGUGA